GAAAUGCUUGUCAUUUCGAGAAUCCCAAAGCUGCAUUGCAAAAGGAGCCAAAACUCAUGAGAUCCGAUAGUAGUACCAACACUGUCACUCCUCUUGUAAAGCUUUUGUUGUAUACUACUGGACUCUUUUUUCUGGCUACGUUGUUGUGCCCUCGUCAUCUCUCUCCAGUUCAGUACAAGACAAGACUAGUGUAUUUAUUAUGGGCUGCAAAGCAAGCAAACCAGCCGCUGAAGAAGAGGCUCCUCCCCUGAAGAAUGACGCGGACCAAAACAACAACCUUGGUUCGACGAAAAGCCAUGACAGCGGCAAAGAAAUGGACGUUCGUGUGAAUGACAAUCUCCCCUUGACGGGUGAAAAAUCCGACAAACUGUACAAACUGUUGGCCAAGUCUCAAAUGACGCACAACUCGGGGAAUGACGAACAGCGACAAAAAGACUUGGCAUUACAACGGGAAAAUUGGACCAAAGUCAUGGAAUGCUGUAAAUUGGAUCCUCGAUCGGCCCUCUACCAAAAUCCAACCACCAAAAGUACUCCUCUACACAUGGCGGUCCGAUUGAUUGACAGUGAAAGUGGCAGUGCUUCCAGUGACAGCAUUUCGCUGACAGACCUCAUUCGAGCACUCAUCAAAGCCAACCCCAAAGCACUGGCUGUCAAAGAUGCCGGGGGAAAUAUCCCACUGCAUUACGCCAUUGCUCCUACCACACAUUUUCAACCGGGAUGGCCCAUGGCACAAUGGAAACUGCGAUCCGAUAUUGUCCGAUUACUGGUGCAUGCCGAUCCCAAUACAGCGCAGGAAUACAUGACACGCAACGAUGUACUCUUUGAAAGUGGAGACUCCACGGGAGGGUGUACUCCUCUCUAUAGAGUCCUGCAAACUUUGCCAGAUGAUUUCGAAGCCAAAGGACCCACAUACCAGUACAUGGUACUCAUUACCGAAGCAAGUCCCAACAUGUCGGGGGUCGGAAACCAAUCCGAGGGCGACAAACCACUGGCACUGCUCUACAGACGAUUUACACGCCAAUUUGACAUUUCCGAAAAAUUCUUUUCCGGUGAUAACAGUCGGACCGAAGUGGUAGAACAUCGACGCAAGUACAAGGCUGCGGCCGGGAAUACCUGGAAGAUUAUUGAACUGCUGCUCAGACCUACCACGGAAGAAAUUUCUGCGGCAGCCGCCAGCUCGCCGACGGGUGGACCCAGUUGGAGAAUUGUUCAUCGGGCUGUGCAGGUGGAAACUCCUCCCGACUUGUUGCGGUAUAUCGUCGAAACCAAUCCAGAAGAUUUGACCCAGACGGAUCACAAGGGAAAUUCACCACUCCAUUAUGCGGCUGCUUCGAAACCACCCGAUCUGACCAAUGCGGCAUCCUUUCCGGCGUUUUAUACCAAAUAUGUCGUCGAUGAACUAUUGUACAAAUUCCCAGAAGGAGCUCAGAUUCGAGAUGGCGAAGGACGAUUUCCACUGACGCUGGCGAUCAAUUCGGGGAAGCAAUGGAUUGGAGGCGGCAUCAAGAGUCUCUAUGAUGCAUAUCCGGCCGCGCUGGAACAGUCCAAUCUGCCAGAUCAUCCAAACUUGAAACGGAUACUAAGUUUGGCCGAUGAAGCCGAGAAAAAAGAUGACGAUGAUGACGACUACAAUGGCACCACGCCCCGACUAAAGGACAGUGUCAUCAAGGAUGAACAGCACGAUGCCAUUAUGCUGGUGCAACAGGAUGGUGUGGAUGUCACGGAGGUUUCGACAUCCAUGUGGGCCCAUGAAGAAGAUGCCGGUGUGCAAAUGCUGGGGUGUGUGGCCAUUGCCAAGUUGGCCAAGAAUACAUCGGAAGAUGUCGUGCUGCGAAUAAGUCUCAGUGCCGUGGCGGCUGUAGUCAAUGCCAUGAAGGCACAUCCCAACGAAGUCAUUGUCCAAGAAAAGGCUUGUCAUGCGCUGCGAUUGCUGGCGCAAGCCGACGGAAAACGAGAAGUAAGUUUUGUUGCCUCGGGGGCAGUGGCUGCCAUUGUGGGAGCCAUGCAAGCACAUGUGGGUGAUGCAGGAGUGCAAGAGGAAGCAUGUGGUGCCAUUGCGGCCAUUGUUCACUAUGGUGGAACCGAACGAGCGACGAUUGUGGCAUCCGUCAGCGGUCUGACUGCCAUUGUCAAUGCGAUUGCCGCGCACCCCGGUGCCAAGGGUGUCCAAAAACAAGGAUGUCGAGCAUUGUUGGAGUUGACCGAGUUCUCGGAUGCCAACUUGCCCGAGUUGCAUCGUUCUCAAACAGCGCCUCUGCUGGAAGCGGCCAAAAAGUCAUUUCCAGAGGAAUGUACCGAGUUUGCCAACAUUGUCCUCUCGCGAAUGUCAUAACGCCCAUGUGUCUGUGUUACCAGUGAAACCGUUCCAAUGCAUGUAUUCAAUAGCAAUGCAGCUGGAGGUUCUCAAACUAACUAACUGUUCUCUUAGUAGAUCUAAAUCCUCAAAAGUACAUGAUGCAACAAACAGUAC